CCUCGGGUACACACAUGAUCCGUCGCCUCCAUUUAUGGUCACGUGGACGGGAGCUGCCUCUCGCUAGCACACACGGCGGUUGCCAUGGAGCUGUGGAUUAAUCAGAGGCCGUGGCGUUUCCCCUGUUUGAGUUUUCAGGGACUUUUAUCCUUUGAGUUGAUCCUGUGUGGAGGGGACAUUCGGUAGCUGGAAUGUGUCGAUCAGGUGUGAAUGUAAAAAAAAAACAAAACACAAAGAAUGUGAUUACACAACCUGUUACUAAAGGUCAAGCUCUAAAGUCAAAGAUCCCCACAAAAUCAAAUUCUUCCUCCUGAUUGUGUCAUCAGAUGCAUAUCUGUGGAGGAUUUUGCUUGAACAGACUUUUGUCCAGUUAGAUUGCUUCAUGUGACAUGAUGACAAACAGAGCCAGGACAAAGUCCACAGCAGAUGAGGUGAAUGCCCGGCGCUCGCACAGCAGCUUCACACUCUGUGGAGACACACACAAUGUCACGGACAAGGAUUACCAGGACUACCUAGAUGUUUUUAAUGGUAUUUCUAAUUGUAAACACUAUUUAAGGGAGGAAAAAAGCAACUUUCGUGGAGUUAUGAUCACAGACGCCUGCAGACCCUACACAGAAUGAUACCAUGUCUUCCUGGGAAAAGCGUAGGCAGAUGGAGGGCAGGGUGGUGCGUCUCGCUGGUCAAGAGCUUGUCUUCCAACCAUGCGCUGAAGCCCCUGAUUCCCACCUUCUGCCUGGUGGUGGUGCUGGUCUAUGGCCUGGCUGACCGACUCCGAAACUUUGUCGUGGGCAUCUUCAUCCCACAGUACCACUACCCAUAUCCUGUGGCUCUUUCCUUUGCCCAGGUUCUGGUUUCUCUCUUAUUCCUGAACCUCCUCCAUGCCCUGAACCUUGUGGUUCUCAAAGGUUACUCCAGGUCGCUGGGUGAGCGGCUGCUGCUUCCUGCCAUCUGCAACAGCGUUCAGGCUGUGCUGACCAUGUGGGCCAAAGCCAGCAGCUCCAGCGCCACCCUCUUCCUCGUAACAGUCCCUCUCCUGCCCUUAGUGACUUUAGCCCUUAGCUUCAUCCUGAAGUUGAGGUCGCCGCCGUCUCUCCACUCCUCUGCUCUGAUUUCCAUUAUAAGUGGGAUGGUUAUUGUCAUCACAGCAUCCAAAGGUCUUCAAGGUGUUGAGCCUCUGGAGUACAUCUACGCACCUCUGGCUUUGAUUCUUCACAGCAUCUCUCUUAUUAGCUUGACCAAAGUAUCUGAAGCGGAGCGCCACCGCCAUCCGGACACCCAAGCCUCGGCUAUUGACAUCUACCACACCCAGAUGGUCAACCAGAGUUGGCUGCUGGGUUUCCUGUGGCUGCUGCACCCGGACAACCCCUGGCAGGUGUUGAGCCAGAGCAGCUGGCACAGCCUGCUCUUCCACGGAUAUCUGCUGGCCAUUAUCCUGCUGGGAAUGGUGCUCAACUUCAUGGUCGGCAUGUCCGCUCUGUGCGUCUCGCCGCUUGCCGCGGCGCUGCUUUACUCGACUCGACAAAUCAUCCAGCCUCUGUUACAGCUUCUGUAGAUUCACCACCACACUCUGCUGCUUCUAAGCUGCCCGCACAUCCAUCAACGUUUCCUAAAGAGGCAUUCCGGCAAAUCUGGUAAAAAGUUGAACCUUUUUUUCCACUACAACAGGCAUAGGCAAUAAUUAGCCAUACAUUUAACUACUUUGUUGUAAGAGAUAGUCAUUACUGUUAUCUUGCAUCUUAUAAAACGUAUGUCUAAAGCUUUAAAGAAAACAAUAAGAUUUACUUAUUUUAGAAGGGGGUCAAAGCAAUAGGAGGCAGAGGUAAACCAAUACUCAGUUGUUGAAAUCAAAUACGAACAACCUCCAAGAAGUAUUAGACAGUAUUACGUCAGUUUUUACCCUAAUCGCUGACUCCUGCAGCUCUCUUUAUCUGUGCUUAUCGUCACAGAGGUCAUAGGUUGUUUUCAACUCUCUAACGCCACCCAUUCAUCUUCUUCUGCUCAACCUGGACCAGGCUGAAGAUGCCCAGACUUCCAUGUCCCCGCCACUUUCUUGAUUGUUCCAUUUUUUAGGAUAUUUAGGGUUUGGCUAAUAUUUAAGCAUUAUGCUAGCUGUUUUGGCAAAAUAAAACACUUUUUUUUCCCAGUUUUUUAGGAUAAUUUGGAGUUUAGCGAAUAUUUUAGC